AUGAGCAACCACUCGGGGACGAUCCAUACCGUUCGAUUCUCGCCCAACGGAAAAUACCUGGCGUCCGGUGCGGAUGAUAAGAUUGUGUGCAUUUAUUCGCUGGAUUCAAAUCCUCCGUCGCAUGCAUCUACGUUUGGGACGAACGAAGCACCACCCGUAGAGAAUUGGCGCACCAUACGGCGAUUAAUCGGUCACGAUAAUGAUGUUCAGGAUCUGGGAUGGUCAUACGAUUCUUCGAUUCUGGUUUCGGUGGGCUUAGAUUCCAAGGUGGUGGUGUGGUCGGGGCAUACAUUCGAGAAGCUCAAGACACUAUCCAUCCACCAAAGUCACGUCAAGGGAAUUACCUUCGACCCGGCAAACAAAUACUUCGCAACCGCCAGUGAUGACCGUACCGUUCGAAUUUUCCGCUUUACCUCUCCACAGCCGAACUCGAGUGCUCAUGACCAGAUGAACAACUUCGUCCAUGAACAGACAAUUUCCGCUCCUUUCAACAAUUCUCCCUUAACGGCCUACUUCCGUCGAUGCUCCUGGUCUCCCGAUGGUAUGCAUAUCGCAGCCGCAAAUGCCGUCAACGGACCUGUCAGCUCCGUUGCAAUUAUCAACCGUGGCUCGUGGGACGGUGAUAUCAACCUGAUCGGACAUGAAGCUCCGGUCGAGGUCUGCGCAUUCUCGCCUCGACUGUAUUCGAUGCAGCCCGUGACUAAACAGGCGCUCGACCAAGGCGGCGCACAUAACCUUGUCACAGUAAUCGCAUGUGCUGGAGGAGACAAAUCGUUGAGUAUAUGGAUCACCAGCAAUCCACGGCCUGUAGUCGUGGCGCAAGAGAUGGCCGCCAAAUCGAUCUCAGACCUGGCAUGGAGUCCUGAUGGAACGUGUCUAUAUGCUACUGCGUUGGAUGGUACGAUCUUGGCAGUAAGAUUUGAGGACGGGGAAUUGGGUUUUGCGAUGGCUAUGGAGGAGAACGAAAAGUCGCUUACUAAGUUCGGUACCAAUCGGAGAGGUGCUGGCAUCACAGAGACGACGGAUGGACUGUUACUCGAGGAGAAGAGUAAGGCGGAUGAAAUCAAGGGCGUUGAAGGCCGAAUGGGUGCAUUGAUGGGUGAUGGCCAUGCUGCGGCCGAGGGCGAAAUGAAUGGGAAACCUGCGGCAGCAGCGCCGCCAAAUGGUACGCCUGCUCGUGCCCCGUCGCCUGCGCCAGAUGUGCAGAAGCCAAACGGGACCGCCACGACAGCAGCUGCAGGGGCAACUGAGCCGGAGAAGCCCGAUCCGUACCAAGCUAAGCUGGAGAGACUGAAGUCGCGUCCCACAUACACGAAAGAAGGAAAGAAGCGCAUUGCUCCAUUACUCGUUUCUGGGGCUGGGGCUGCAGAAUCCUCUCUGCCACAGGCUCGAUUGAUGGCAUCUAUUAGCAACAACCAAGGAAAGUCGGACGCACCACAAUCAAUUGUUGAUCUUUCCAAGCCCUUUGACGGCUUACCCAAGGGUGGACUUGCGGCGCUACUCUUUGGAAACAAGCGGAAAUUGGCCCAGCUGGAGGGAGACGAGGAUGGACAUGUGGAAAAGCGCGUCGCGUUCGCGAGUCAGAACGGCGCUACACCCAUUCUUGCGGCCACACCAGACGGCUUACUUCCUGCACAGCAGCAACCAGCUGUCACAGGUCAGCAGCCAACACCAGAAUUCAUUCGACCGGCAGUUAUGAACCCGUGUAUGGCAAUUAGCCAGCUCCGCCUGGCUGUGCCGAAGAUCCGCAGUCAGAUUCUCCGGGCGAUUGAUGAAAAUGGCAAGCCUACGGAACCCCCAAGCACAAUAUCGACGCCAGGGGAGUCAAACAAGUCGCGUAUAGACGUAGUGUUUGAGGCCCGGAAUCCGUCACCAGCCAGCUUGACUGGUCGGGCCGUGGAUCGGGAGCCUGUCCGUCUUACACUCUUCCGAGGGGAGCAGCCACUAUGGCAAGACUUCCUCCCACGCAGCGUGCUCUUGGUGACAGGAAACCAAAGCAUGUGGGCGGCAGCCUGUGAGGAUGGGUCAGUCUAUCUUUGGACUCCAGCUGGUCGUCGUCUAGUUAGUGCUCUCGUACUGGAGGCACAGCCUGUUAUUCUGGAGUGCCACGGUCCAUGGAUCCUUUGUAUCUCGGCAGUGGGCAUGUGCUAUGUCUGGAACGUUGAGCAUCUCUCCUCCCCUCAUCCCCCUGUUUCACUACAACCGGUGCUCGAUGCAGCGCUUCACUCUUUGGGGACCCACCCUACUGCAGCUCCGGCGAUUACCAAUGCACGAAUCAACUCUGAAGGCCGGAUUGUGGUUGCGUUGACGAACGGUGAGGGUUAUGCAUACUCUCCCGCCUUGUACAAUUGGCAGCGUGUUUCCGAAGCGUGGUGGGCGGUUGGUAGCCAGUACUGGAAUACCACUGAGGCACCUGUUGGAAAUCUUCAAUUGAAAGAGUCGCAACAGGAUCCAGAGGCGAGAAAGGCCGUGUCGGCCGGCAUUAUCCCGUUCCUGGAACGCAACACGACCAACGAGACACUCCUCCGCGGCCGAGCAUACUUCUUACAACGACUUAUCAAGGUUCUCCUGUCACGAGAAGGCUACGAGAGUUUCGAGUCGAGCGUUUCGAUUGCUCACUUGGAAAAUCGUCUGGCAGCGGCACUCUCACUGGGGGCUAAGGAGGAGUUCCGGUUGUACCUGUCGAUGUACGCCAAGCGUCUUGGUGCCGAGGGGCUGAAGAUGAAGGUGGAGGAGCUGCUCAAGGGGCUAUUUGGGGGAUUGUUUGAGGAGGAUGAUGAGACAGGACCACAACGGCGUUUGCAGGCCAAUGAAAAGGAGGACCGGAACUGGAAGGAGAGCUCGGAUACCCUGUGUGGCUGGCCACGGGAGGUGUUGUUAAAGGAGGUUAUUCUAGCCUUGGGUAAACACCGGGAUCUCCAACGGGUGACGGUUCCGUACGCGAAGCUACUGGGAGUGGUCGAUGAGGAGAUGGAAUCGGGCGAUGCCAUGGAGACAUAA